UGGAAAUCUAUCCUCUUAUCCGAAACCAAACAAGCAAACCAGUAGAAAGAAACCCAUAGACUAUGUGUAGUUUUGAAGCUCAAAAAGUGUAAAAACACACACUUUGCACUUCAAGAACACAACUUUGGCUAUGGCCGGAGUACUCGGAACUUCUUCUGCAGCAAUCUUGGCCCCUCGAUCCCUUUCUUCUCCCACCUCCAAAUCCCCCAUUCACUCUCUCUCUCUAACUCCAGGGCAGAAGAAGUUCUAUGGAGGAAUUGGAAUUCCACUCAAGAGUGGGAGGUCUCAGUUCCGUGUUUCAAUUACCAAUGUUGCCACUGAGAUCAGUCCUGCUCAAGAACAGGCCCGGAAGCUUGCUUCUAAGGAAAACCAGAGGCCAGUGUAUCCAUUUUCCGCUAUCGUAGGACAAGAUGAGAUGAAACUGUGCCUUCUGCUAAAUGUGAUUGAUCCCAAGAUUGGGGGUGUCAUGAUUAUGGGUGAUAGGGGUACAGGGAAGUCCACAACUGUAAGGUCAUUGGUAGAUUUACUGCCGGAAAUUAAGGUAGUUGCCAGUGAUCCAUUUAACUCUGAUCCUGAAGAUCCAGAAUCCAUGGGCGUGGAAGUCAGAGAGAAAAUUAUGAAUGGUGAGGAACUGCAGGUUAUGAUGACCAAAAUCAACAUGGUUGACUUGCCAUUGGGUGCUACAGAAGAUAGAGUUUGUGGGACAAUUGACAUAGAAAAGGCCCUUACAGAGGGUGUCAAGGCAUUUGAGCCUGGCCUUCUUGCCAAAGCCAAUAGGGGAAUUUUAUAUGUGGAUGAAGUCAAUCUUUUGGAUGAUCAUUUGGUAGAUGUUCUUUUGGAUUCUGCUGCGUCGGGAUGGAACACCGUGGAAAGAGAGGGAAUUUCAAUUUCACAUCCAGCUCGAUUUAUUCUUAUUGGCUCAGGAAAUCCUGAGGAAGGGGAGCUAAGGCCACAGCUCCUCGAUCGGUUUGGAAUGCAUGCACAAGUGGGGACUGUAAGGGAUGCUGAGUUGAGAGUGAAGAUUGUGGAGGAGAGAGGUCGGUUUGAUAAAAAUCCAAAGGAAUUUAGGGAUUCUUACGAGGCAGAGCAAGAAAAGCUCCAGCAGCAAAUCUCUUCAGCUAGGAGCACUCUUUCUUCUGUUCAGAUGGAUCAUGAUCUGCGCGUGAAGAUCUCCAAGGUUUGUUCGGAGCUGAAUGUUGACGGGUUGAGAGGUGAUAUAGUGACAAAUAGGGCAGCAAAAGCUUUGGCUGCUCUAAAAGGCAGGGAUAUGGUAACUGCAGAGGAUAUUGCAACUGUAAUUCCCAACUGCUUGAGGCACCGUCUUCGGAAGGAUCCCUUGGAAUCUAUUGACUCUGGUUUACUUGUCAUUGAGAAAUUUUAUGAGGUGUUUAGCUGAAGGAGGUAAAUAUAAUGGCAUUUCUUUCUCUAAUUUUUGUUGGACGAUUGUUUUGUUUGACUUUUUCUCUAAUAAAUUUUGUUGGAAUCCCAUUUUCCCUUAUCGUCUGAAACUGUAAUAGAUAUGCAAAUUUAGAUGGAAUCUUCGGGUUUACGUUCCCCAUACUGUAAUGCAAUUUUUAAAUUUUCGUGUCUCUAA